GCGGCGGCGGCGGUCUGGUUGAGCUCGACCGCGGCCGGCCGGACUGCGGCACGGCUCUUUCGGGAGCACCCUGGGGGAUUGCCCGCCUUCUUCCUCCUCCCCUCAUAUCCCCGGGCGAGCCGAGGAGUUGGCGCCAUGGGCGGGGAGGAGGAGAUCGUGCGCAUCGCCAAGCGACUCGACAAGAUGGUCGCCAAGAAGAGCGCGGAAGGAGCAAUGGAUUUGCUGAAGGAGUUGAAAAGUCUGCCUAUAACUUUGGAUUUGCUGCAGUCUACCCGCAUUGGGAUGUCUGUGAAUGCACUCCGGAAGCAAAGCACAGAUGAAGAUGUGAUUGCACUGGCCAAAUCACUCAUCAAGGCCUGGAAAAAGCUCUUAGAUGCCUCAGAUGAUAAGAGCGAGGAGAAGAAAAGGAACUCUUUGCCAACUUCCUCCUCAAAGGAAAGCAGCGACUCGAGAGACCAAAGCUCUGCCAAAAGACAGGACCCUCCGAAGACCCCCACCACUCCCAAAAUCACCACCUUCCCACCGGUGCCUGUAACGUGUGACACCGUGCGUAACAAGUGCCGCGAGAUGUUGACCAGUGCUCUGCAAACAGACAGUGACUACGUGGCCAUCGGUGCCAACUGCGAGCAGAUUGCCGCCCGGAUUGAAGAAUUUAUCUAUCAAGAUGUGAAGAACACGGACCUGAAGUACAAGAACCGCAUCAGGAGCCGCCUCUCCAACCUGAAGGACUCGAAGAACCCUGACCUCCGAAAGAAUGUCUUGUGCGGAGUGAUCAGUGCGGAGCAAAUCGCAGUGAUGACCUCAGAGGAAAUGGCCAGCAAUGAGCUGAAAGAGAUCCGCAAAGCCAUGACCAAGGAAGCCAUCCGGGAGCAUCAGAUGGCUAAAACGGGAGGGACCCAGACUGACCUCUUCACCUGUGGGAAGUGCAAGAAAAAGAACUGCACCUAUACACAGGUGCAAACUCGCAGUUCAGAUGAGCCAAUGACCACGUUUGUUGUGUGUAAUGAGUGUGGGAACCGCUGGAAGUUCUGCUGAGAUAUCUCCGAUGGGGACUGCGAUAGCCAAUCCUGGGCUGGAUCGUUGCCUCAUGUUUCCAACACCGCCAGCAAAUUUUGUACUGUUUUUGUCGCCGAGUUUGCUUUGUGCUUUGUACAUCAACCAGGUGAGGCACGCCCGGCUGUCUGCAUGCCUGCAGAAGAAGGCAGUGGCUGGGAACGGAGGCUGGGAAGACACCAGAAAAGAGUGUGUGAACUGAACACCUUAUCAGUAUUGUGAGGGUUUGGAACAGUAUUACAUGUCUUUGUGUAUUUUAAGAGAAUAUAUUGGCCAGGUGCGUAGACUUGGAUCUCAAAGUGCACAAUAACUUCUUGCCAUGUUCCUUGGUGCCAGUUGCAUCUUUCAGAAGCUAAAUUCUAUGUUUGUAAGCACUGGUUUGCUUGGGCUGGUAAGAGCAUAUGCUAGCAAUUGACUACAGGAAAAGAUUGUAAAUUAUGACUUCGGACCAUCAGCGCCAGUCUGCUAAUGUAGCUAAGGGUAGAUUGGGAAAAGGAGGGGCAAGUGCUAUCCUUCGUAACAGAAAUAAUGUGGAGUGUGGCGGGAGAGCCUCCCGCACCUGGCGCAGCUCACGCUAACCCAGAACAGUUCUAAUUACCUCUCCUCUUCGCUGCAUCUAGCAAUCUGUGCCUAUUGUUUUUUGUUUCUGUUUUUUGGGGGGGUAUGUUCAAUGUACAGUUGCAAAUGAAAUAAUAAAAAAUCUUAAAUGGAAA